AUGGCUGUCACUGCACACCAAACAAAAAGGAGAGGUGACGAACACACAGAUCCACCUCCACGUCAGGCACCUGCUCCGCACCAGGAGACUACAGACGAGGUGGGUAGACUUACUGGAGAAGGGACCCGUGAGGUCAUACCUCCAAUACCUGAAAGGCAUGACAGUUCAGACGAGGAUGGCCCUGGAACUCAGGCCGUAAAAGUCUAUGAAAACAGUAACACAUUGUUUUGUGCACUCCGAGAAGACUUCAAGAGCAGAGAGAGUGUGAGCUUCUUCGGCAGCUACCAGCUUGCAGAAGAUCCAUUUGUCGAUGAUAAAAAAAGAGUUGAGAUGACCAUUAGCAACAUAUGGAAGACCACUGGGUACCGAUUCACGAUCAUACAAAGACUCAAAAUGGCCACAAAACGUCUGUGGUGCUGUCAGGAUGACGGGAGGAAGAAAAAAGCCAAGCCAAGCACAAAGCCUGAUGUUAAACACCGUGAUCAUGUUGGCAUGCAGAGGUUUGACUGUGGUAGCCAGCUCAAUGUGUUAUGCAUGAAACGCACUUCUGGAACUCGUGUUGUGACUAUCCGACUCAAGCAUGAGCAGAGGCACAAACCUUAUUAUGAUGUCACCAUGCCGCCCGAGGCAAUCCAGAUCAUAUGCAACAAUAUUGAGUGGAGCACUCCAGUUUCAAUGAUACCCAAGGUACAAGCCCUGUAUCCUCACAUAACAGGAAAACAAGUCCAUAGGGCAUGGACGGAAAUGAGCGAGGUCCUUUGGAAGAAGGACCCUGUCCAACUUACCUCUGUGUAUAUCCUUCUCAGUGAGCUCAAGGAUGACGUAGAUCUAUUUGAUAUCAAAGUAGCGGAUGGUGUUGAACAGCUGUGUUGGGGCAUGAAGAAAAUUGCGCAGCGGCUAAAAGGAAAAGUUGUCGAGAUUGGAAUCGACGCAACGUAUAAUACAAACUCCAAGAAUCUCAAACUCUACAGUGUUCUUGGAGAAUAUGACAAUGCAGGGUUUUCCCUGUCAUACUGCGUAAUAUCCACAGCAAGUGCCCUAGAUAUUGGCAAGCGGAAGGUAGCCUUGACAGCAUGGGUAAAGUGUCUACGUGACACAUAUGGUGUUGUACCCAUCUUCACGCACGUCAAUAAGGACAUGGCUAAAAUUGGCAUGCUCCGGGAGAUCUGGGACGCAAAGAUUCAACUAUGCUGGUGGCACCUACGACAAGCAAUGCAGUGCCUGGCUAAAAAUAAGCUGGCAACCACUCCAUAUAAUCCCCAACGUGCGCAUUCAGAAUUUGCCUUCAUCGACACAACAUUUGUUCCCCCCAGAAAAGCAGACAUGACCAAGUAUGAAGGUGGUGCCCCAGAUGUGUUGCAAGUCAACGAAGCUCCUUGCCCUACCCCAAAUACCUAG